AUGUGCAUAAAAUAUAUCGUCUUGUUAACAAUUGUGACUGCGAAAGUUUCUUACGGUAUAUAUCCGUACUUUGAUACUCAAGAUUUCAUAUAUAAUGUUCCUAAAGUAUACAGGAUAUCUAUCACACUGGAUAAAUUGUUAGAGUACUAUGAAAAAAAGCCUUCGAAAGACCCGGAAUGGUACAUCGCCCUGGGAAUGGCACGAGGUCAAUUGGAGUACACGAUCAACGAACUAGAUAAGUCAGUGCCAGGCAAGCUUAAAGAGAACUUGCAGAACCUCACCAGACGAAUGGACCGCAUCAAAAAUAAUACCGAUUUCUCCAGCUUCGUGUAUCGGAGCAAAGAUUAUGAAUACGUGGCAAAAGCAAUAUUCGAGAAUAUGGAUGUGCUAUCAAGUUUAAUGGAACCAAUUUCAAUCGGUACAAUGGGCACACAGAAACCUUAUCGGUUCUCGUUCGAACAAUAUGUGCAAGAGGCGAAGACGAAAAUGCCGAGCAGGAAGGCAGCAGAUGCUUGUACAAUGCAGUUAUUAAUAUCGGCUAUGGAGUCACAGACAACUCAGAAUGAAGGAACAUGUGAGCUGACGCCAGAAUGUUCUGCCCAAAUCCUCAAGGGGUCUGGUCUAGCAUUCCAACAGACCAGUCGCAUUAGAGCUGCAGCUUUAGCGUAUCUCUUCGACUGUUUAGAGGGCAUGGACAUUGCAGCUCAUAUCUACAAACUUUGCAUUCAAGUCUAUAAAGAAACUAAGUCUUUGGAAGCCUGGGAUCUUCCACCUGGAACCAAAACGUUGUUUAUGCAGCAAAUUCUGUACUGUUCUACACAAGGGUACGGAGAAUUCAUAAAACCUCGUUGGAUGAAUCGCAUCUUAGCAUGGCAGGAGCCAAAGGGUUGCUAUGCAGAUGAUCGCCAAUCAUUUUUGAAGCUUACAGGAUUUGUGGGAGCCACGUCUGUACCAUCACAGAAAGAAAGAGAGGAAGAGUAUCGAGUGAAGAAAGCGGCUACCUCUGAAGGUUUGGAAGGCCGCUACGUGAGCGCCCUCUACAGCGCGGCUUCACAAAAAAAUGAGUUAGAUGCUGUAGAGAAGAGUCUACGUGAUGUUCAGCAAGUGCUGGCUCGGCCUGCGAUCGUGGACUUUAUAUCAACCAGUCUUGUAUCUCGACCAGUUAAAGCUAAGCUGCUUAUGGAUAUUGGUAAAGAAACAGGAAUGCCACAAACAGCUAUAAACUUCCUCGGUGUCGUGGCUGAGAAUGGGCGUCUGAAGAACUUGCGACGCAUGAUAAACAUGUUCCUGAACAUCAUGGUGGCGCACAGGAACGAGACUCCAUGUGAAGUUUUGACUGCUGAACCACUAGACUCAGCUACCAAGACUGAACUAAUAGCAAUCUUACAGAAGUUCGUGAAACCUGGCAAAGUAAUUCGAAUCAGGGAAAGAAUAGCCGAAGACUGCCUCGGUGGUGUUGUUAUCGGGUUUGAGAACCACCACAUCGAUCUAUGUAUCGCUAGGAGUUUCAAUAAGUAUCGCGAAUUAUUGAAACAGUCUGUUUAA